UUACACCCCGACGUCGAAGACGAAUGCGUGCAUAACAUAGCUAUCGAAUGCACAGAGCGGCCCCGAGAAUGCGUCAUCAUGGAAAACCUAGUCCAACCGAGAAGGAACCUCGGCAAAACCACAUACGGCUGCUCACUGGAUGUACACGGGACCAGUACCGAUCGCUCGGUGCUUACCAGGGGAGUCCUGGAGGUUCUAGACGCACUGCAGCAACCGGCGACUUCAUCUUCCAGCCGGUGCAGGCCAUCGUCACCGUCCGGGUGCCCAUGAACCAUGCCAUCCAGCUCCCCAACGGCGAGGUCACCCAUAUGCGGGACGAGAUGCCUAACAUCGAUAUUCGACAUAUCGAGAUUAAGCGCCCCAGGGACCAUGCUGACAACGUGAAGAAGCUGACCACCACGCCCCUCGCCCUACUCCCGCAGCUUACGGAGGAGAGGGACGAUGCUGGCCAGCCCCAAGCACGGACCCGGGCCCAGGCAAAGGCCGACACGCUCACCAAUCGGGAGAUGAAGCGGAUACACAUCAAUUGUCACCGCCUCCUCUCCAUGGCCGCUGUCGACUACCGAUCCUUCUACAUCCUGGCCGAGGUGGAGGAUCCGGUGAGCCUGGCGAACCUCAAUCGUGAAGAGGAUAUGCGCCGCCGGGAAGCGGGCUCCGCCGUCAGCCAAUUCGCCGCCAAGACGACCGUCGAGGAGUCCAUCGACGCGGCAAAGAAGAUACUGCGGAGGGCGGCAACCACCAUCGCCCCCACUGGCCGAUUCGCCAUGGUCUUCUGGGCGUUCAACGAGUCGCCCGUCCUUGCGGAAUGUUACUCGAAACCCGAGUAA